AUGAGUGCGCCACCUGCUAAGUUCGAUGCCGAAAAGGCAGACAAUUUUGAAGAUCACCAAGAUCUUUUUCUAAACACCCCGCCAUUAACACCGAAAUUAGCUGUUCAACAUAUGUCCACAUAUUGGGCAAUCCUCGAAAAAGUCCGCGGAUCCUCUCUCAGGCUCACAAAAAUCGACAACGAGAUCUAUGAACAUUUGAUGAAGGAUUUCCCAGAACUUGAUCCCGCAGCCACAAUCAAUGAGGAUGAAAUGAAGAGCAAGACAGGAAAAGAGAGAUGGAGAAACUUCAUGAUGAAAUAUGAGAAGACUGUGGAAGAUUAUAAUUUCGGAACGAUGUUGAGAACGAGUCCAAAAUCUGAAUAUGAGCAAGAUGCAACCAUUUUUGUCCCAAGAAUGCAAUUCUAUGCUUACGAGAUUGCAAGAAACCGCAAAGGUUUGAAUGAUUGGAUCUACGAAAAAGAGCACCCAGAGGCCGAGAAGAAGGCUGCUUAGGAGAAUGAAUCAAAUAAUAAAUUCCGUUUUAAAACAUUAUACCCUCGAUCACCCGAAAAUCUAUUUAGCAUUAUAGUCUAUAGCCGUGGUGGAAUUCAACACGUGAGAACUCGAAGUCGACUCUUUUUUAUAGACCAACGCAGCACGUUAUCACCCAUUUG